CUGCGAUUGCUGCUUCGACUUUUAUUUGAGCUCUCUUUCAUCAUAAAUAAUCAUCAUCAUCUCUCUUCUUCUUCUCCGGUUUUUUCCACCCGAUCGGAUUCUCAUAACCGGAGAGAGAGAGAUCCGAAGCCAAAAUCAUUCGAACCACUUACGAUCUAGUAGAGCGUGUUUCAGACUGUUUAGAGGCGGGAGUUGGAAUCGGAGCUCGAUUUUGGCGGCGGAGGUGGUUGAGAGAAGUCAACGAAGAUGCCGGAGGAGGAGCUGAUUGAUAUCAAGUUCAGGUUGUACGAUGGCUCCGACAUCGGACCAUUUCGGUAUUCGACGGCCUCCACGGUGGAUGUUCUCAAGCAGAGAGUAGUCUCUGAUUGGCCUAAAGGCAAGUCAGUUGUUCCAAAGGGAAUAAAUGAAGUCAAGUUAAUCAGCUCGGGUAAAAUCUUGGAGAACAGCAAGACAGUUGGACAGUGUAAGACGCCAUUCGGCGAUGUUGCAGGUGGUGUUAUCGUGAUGCAUGUUGUUGUACAGCCAUCUCUAGCUAAAACUAAAACAGAGAAGAAGGUCGAUAAGCCACAAAAGGCGGUUAUCUGCACCUGCACCAUUUUAUGAAAAGGGCGAGAGACAUGUAGUAGAUCCUUUACCGCCUUUGCAAAUUCUUCAGGUACAAAAUGAUAAAGGGUGCAAAAAGAAAAAACAACACACGUCCAUGUGACUAUACCUCCAAAAUUCACCGCUUCAAUCUGUAGAAAUAGUUUCUGAUGUGUUUCCUCUUCUUUUUUUUAAAAAAAUUUCAAUAUAUUGAUGGAUGAUGUCAUGUCCCGAUGAACCCUUGAAGCUGUAUGUAUAGGUUAGGUACGUCUUUUUUACCAAGACAAUGUGUGAUGAUGUUCUGUGUAUCUAUCUAUCUAUGUGAGAACAAAGAAAAAAAAGUGUCUGCAUUCC